GCUGAAAAGUUAAGGAAGCUGGUUACAUGUUCUGAAGCUAAUGAAAACACCCUACGGCUCAAGAACAGAGAGGAAAUUUUUGGGUUGUUUGAGAACCAGGAAAAACCAUUCACAAUGAAGCUACAUCUCAGUGCAAAAACUUUUUGACAUGUAUAUAGUACCAUUGCUAAUAGAGGUACAAGUCCAGUACUUGCUUUUGAAAGGGAAGGAUGACAACUUGUCAUCAAGUGCCAUUCGCAAUAUGAUCCGUAUAAAGGCACUAUCGAAGACCACCCAAAUAUUUGUUGAAGCCGAGCCAUCACUUGCUUAUGCUGCAAAGGUGAUUGGGAUCUUAAGUCUCUCUUUGUUGCUGGGAGCAAGGGAUAGGAUUUCGGAGUUCUUGAACAAGAAAGGUUUAGCGAUUGACAAGUCUUUUUUAGCACUACUGUUUGUGUGGAUUGUAACUGUAAAAGGUGCCUACACAACAUUGAAGGAGUUGAAAAUAAUUACAGAGUUGGUCCAGUACUACGUAAAGCUUUUGGAGAAAGAUAAGAAAGAGAAGUAGGUGUAGCCGUGCAGGCUUGCAGUGAGGGAUUGCUCAUUUAGUGUAGCUUCAAAUAAGUAUCACUUAAGACUUGAAGCUUUGUUCAUUUAGUGUUUAUAAUCUUAUGAACUCGAUUAGCACUUGUGUGUUGACUGAUAGUGGGUUGUGUACUUUGUGCUUUUUCUAGCCCCUUUCCAUGUAUAUCUGUUGGACCCCUUCUUAUUGGAUACCUUAUUAUUGAGUUGGAUUUUCAUGCUUCA